AUGCCGCCCCACACUGCUUCCUCGCCCCGCGCCGACACGCCCCGCGGACCCGGCACUGUGAACAUCACGUUGAGGUGCCGCGGCGUGACCGAAGUCAUCGAGAACGUCAGCGUCCGGUGGACUAUGGGGGCGCUAUGCAAGAAGAUCGCCAAGGCGCUCAAGGAGACCUUCGGCAUCGACGCCAUCCCCGCGCAGCUCCGCCUCAGGACGUACGUCAAGAUCGACGGCGAGUGGCCGACCGAGGAAGCAGCCGAGGACGCUGCGAACCGCCCCACCGUGAUUGGCAAGUCUGUGUCCACCGAGCUCGAGGGUAUUGGCGCUGAGGGCCGCGUGCACCUGCUCGUGACGAUGCCUGCAGACGGUGAUGAUAAAGAAGAGAAGCCCGCCGCAGCAGAAGAGAAGAGCGAUGCCAAGGACACCUCGGCAGAGGACGGCGACAUCAGCGACGUCGAGACGGCCGUAGCCCGCUUCAGCAAGCGGGUCACGGGGCGCAAUCGCAAGCGCAAGACGUCCACGGCGGACUCCACGGAGGAUACCCGUAUCGCGUUCUCCGACGUCACGGAGACACAGGCGAACGCGAUGUACGAGAGCAUGGACAGGGAUAACAACUACGACAUUAAGACGACGACGCUAACAGAGGAGCUCAAGGCGGGGAUCCGGGAAGACUACGCGCGACCGAAAGAAGUGCACAAGCGGCGCUACAUCGACGCGAUACUGAGCCGCCUGAUCUUCGCUGUGAACGAGAGCACCGGUGCCAAGGACGAAGCCACCAAGCUACUCCUGUUUCCUGCGUACGGGAUCGCGCUCCCGGAGCUGAACGCGUCUGGAGCUGCGGACUGGGUGAUCAAGCGCAGCGACCGGAUGCUUGUCGUCAUCGAGGCCAAGCAGUGCGGCAUCAGGAGGGGCCAGUAUCAGCUACUCGCGAUGAUGGAAGCCCUCCGUAUCCACAACAAGAAGCUUAAAAUCAAGCAGACCAAGGUCCAAGCCAUCUGCACCGACUUCCAGAACUGGUUGUUCGUGGAACGGAAGUCGAGAACUCUGCGGAAGAAACGCAAGGGCACGGUCCCUGCCACCACUAACGAGCUUGAUGAGAAUCUGCUAGAUAUCUGUGAGCGGGUUAAAGGUAGUGGAACUAGUGGAAUGAGGUCUAAAGGGGCUGGCGAUGUGUUAGAGCUCGUGAAAAGUGGUGGAACAGGGUGGUGGAAGGUGGUGGAAGUGGUGGAAACACAGGUUUACGGUUUCAUUACGCCUCUACCAUAA